GCUGUUGGGCUGGCUGUGCCCUGGCCCUUGCACUGGCCCUUGGGGCUCUCCCUCCUCUGGCUCCCUGCGGGAUGGGAGAGCCUGGGGAAGGAAGAGGAAGCCUGGCAGGGCUCACCCCCACUGCCGGGGGAGAGGUGGUAAGAAACGGUGGGCCUGUGCAUGGGGAGGUGCCUCAUGUGAGAGAGGGGCAGCAAGCUCAGGAGUCCUGGAGGUCUCCAAAAACAUCUCUGAGCCCUGCCACAAGAUGUGCCCUGGGGGAGAAGCAAUGGGCUACAGGUUAGGGUGGGGCAUGCUACCCCUGCAGAGCCUCCAUCCUGCAUGAGGAGCAGGGAGACCUGCUUGGGCUGCACUGUGGUGUGAGGGCUGUGAAUGCCAGGCAAUUCCCCCAGUGCUGGGGGAGAUGCUCCUUCUUGGCUAAUGCUCUUCCUGCCAUCCUCAGGGCCGCUGAGUCAGGCACCAGAUGGGAAGGAUCUGGAGGAGGGCCUCAUCCGAAACCUGGUGCAGCCGCGGGGUGUGCGGCGUGGGGCUGGGCAUCGGCCAGGUGGCUGGCGGAGGUACCGCAGACCCCGGCCCCGGCUCUCCCACAAGGGCCCCAUGCCCUUCUAACACAGGGUUGCCACCAGCUCUCAUGGGACAUGUCCAUGUCGUCAUCUGCAUUUCAUAGCCUGGUCUGCUUGUCUUCGAGUGCUGGGCUCUGCCUGUGAGCACUCACCUCAUGUCACCUCUUCCCUGUUGCUGUCCCUGGUGGCACCAGCCCCUGGCUCUGUAUCCCACAGCUGUCUGGUGCUGCAGGUGCCUUGGCACCUCCCAUCUCCCCUCACUGCCUCUUGGGGCUGCGCCAGGGGCUGGGUGAGAGGGUGACCCAGAUGCAGCCUAUCACUGGGGCCUCUGGUCCCUCACUCCUGUCUCUCGUGGGACAGGAGCAGUGCUCAGAGAUGGUUCUUGCUCCACUCAUGCCUGCAUGGGAGGGAGCCAGGCUGUCCUCAGCACACUGAAGCCACCGCAGGCAGGGCACAGGCAUGCAGGACGGCAGCUCUGCCCUUGCACUGCUGCAGGAGGCUGGUUGAGCUGCUGCUGGCCUGAGACUGGGCGCCUUUGCGCAAAGCACUUUGUUGGGUGGAGGAGCUCUCCACAGGGGUCGGCAAGCGCCCUUGCUCAUCCUGCACCAUCCCUGGUGUGAGCCUCCCACGUGUGUGGUUGGUCUUGGUGGGUCUAUUUAUUCUCGUGGUGCUAACCCUGCAGUGUGUCUGAGCCUACCCUUCCCUCCCUGGCUCUGGCUAGUCUGGGGACCUCUCCUAGACCCCUUGGGACCCCUGAGGUUUGGGGGUAUGGCUUGCUCUUAGGCAUGGAUGGAGGCUGCUCUGUGCCUUGAGCAGUCUUGGUGCAGGCCUGAAGAGGGGAUGCCCAGCGUGAGGCUGGGGUGGCUGCCCAGGGCAUUUCAUGGGGGUCUGGGCUCCUCUACCUGCUCCAAGCUGUGGGGCAGCGGGAGAGCCAGCUCCCAUGUGAGGGUUCAUGUGGCUGCCAGGAGUCUUUGUAUAAAACACUAACUUAUACCAAAGGGGAUGCCUUAUUCUCAACGACGCUGGUCCCUGCUGGUCACCAUGUCUCUUGUGUCUGUAAAGAUUUGUUCUGUGUAAAUACAUCUUUAUAAUAAAGAGUUAUGAUGGCAAUAAACCCUUAUUUUUGGCAA